GGAGGUGAUAUAAGUGUCUAUAUAAUAGCGGCUAAAUUGCUAAUUUUCUCCUUAUUUUUCAAAUAACUUUACAAAUUAUAGCAUAUAUAUAUGAAUAUGUUGUUUUCGCCCCCUAAAAAAGGGGAGAAGUCAAAGAUACCGACUCAAACCACAUAAAUAAAUUUAAGCUGUAAAAAAGAAGGUGUCAUCUUCAACCGCCGGCAUGGCCUCAAACGACAAUGGCGGCAAAAGCCCAUCACUACACCCUAUCCACCACCACCACUGCGGCGGCGCCCACCGCCAUUACUUUUACGUGUCGCCUCGCUGCCCACUCCACCGCCCUAUUCUGCAACCAAGCAAUCACACUCCGUCGUGCUCUCUCUCCACCUCUCACCCCUUUGCUUCAAUUCCGACCGAUCCCCAAUCGUCCCAUCUCACUACGCAUCCCGAUCAGAUAUCCAAUGAUGCACAGAUGAUUGAUAAUGAAAUGGAGAAUCUUGAACAUGAAGAUGAGGAAGAAGGAGAUCCCAUUUUCGUUCUUACCGAUGAAUGGAGGGAAUUCUUCGCAAAGUCCGAUGCCAAAAGGAAACUAGCGAAGAAGCAAGCUAAGAAGGGGAAGAAGUAGAAAAAGAAAACUCUUUGCAUUUUGGAUAGCUUAAUUCUUGAUACAAUGGAGUGAUUGCUCCAUUUUCUUGUCUUUCUGAGUUCCAACGAACGUUUCAAGCUGGGAUUUUUAAGUCUUUCUUGUACCUUAAUCUUACCAAGCUUUGAUCCCA